CCCUCCCUCUUCGAUUGUCAGGUCAAACUAUUCCAUGACUGGUAUGGAAACUGGGCUGAGAGUGAGAAAAGCCGUUUACUAGAGCAGCUUCGUGCAGCAGACCCAGAUUUCAUGGCCCAGUACGACAAGCAGAUCAGCAGCAGCUCGUCUGGAGCACAGGAGGAAUCCCCAGCCCCGGUGGAGACUAUGGAGGAAGCCAUAACCCACCAAGCUCUGUCAGCUCUCCUCCCAGCACACUUCCACGCUCCCACAGCCCACACGACUCAGGCUUGGAUGAGCCACCCAGUGACAGCGACCACACAGAACCCCACAGCCUGGACUCCAGCCAUGAGCCAGAAGACCAGAGGACAGCCAACUCGCAGGUAGCAUUGGAGAGUGUCACAGCUCCCACGCCCCCCAUGAAGUCUUGCAUCAGCUCAGCAGAAAACACAGCAUGUCAAAAGCCUGAAGCACUGGCCAAUGGUUGUAGUGAUGUUAUCAACUCUGCCCCAUCAGAGCAAGUCCUAACAACAGCUGCCAUUGAGAAGACAGGUGGAGCAGGUACCAUAUGCUGCAAUAUCUUUGUUUUCUUUUUCUUACUCUGGCAUCAUUGGUUAUAUGAUACUGAAAUAUUACUUUUGUCUUUACAGUAGAGAUAUUUUGCUCUUGGAAAAAACAGCACAGUAAACCAAAACAGAUAAGAGUAAGAAAAAACAUCAUUCUAUUUUCCAUGUACCUGCUAAAGAUAAAUUUUUACUGUUUAGUGUACUAGGAAAAAUCAUUACAAUACUGAGGUUGUUCUCUGCUUUCAUUAGGUAGUUUUCCAGUUUUUCUUUUAUUCAAUUCAACGAGAUUCAUGUUUAUGUACUCUAUUGUGAUUUAUCCAGUGGUUGAGUAAAGGGAGUCAUAUUGUCAUUAUAUAGAAAUAUAUUUUACUGUUCCAAUUGUAGAUCUCUGUAGUAUAUACAGUUUGACAUACUCCAUACUGGAAUAUAGAUUAGUGAAGCAGUACCUGGAAACUGGUGAACAAGUGCAGCUUAUCAAUAUAUUUUUUCAGAGUAUUAGAUCCUAUAAGAAUACAUUUGUAUAUCAUUCCAUUACUUUACUUCAGCUAUGUAUCAUUAAAUAUUCAUGGAAUGUUUAUGUUAGUGAACUCUCAUCAGUGCUUCCAGGCAUCUAGAUAUUGUGCAUUCUAAAAAGACUAGUAUAUGAGGCAUGAUCAGUUAAUCAAAGACUUCUGCACAAAGUAUUCUAUAAUAUUCAGUGUUUACAUAUCAGCUUCUGCUGUCCUGAUAUCAUUGCACCAACAUAGAUUGUAUGGAUUGGACAUGAAUAUUAUGAGACUAUAGAUAUCCUGCAGUUAGAUUAAGGAUUCUACUUAACUAUUACACUCUACUUAGAAAGAUCAUUGUAUGUUUCUUUUACUUUUCUUACAAUUGCAAACGUCUGAUGGUGAUGUGUGUUUCUUUCCAUGUCUCCUUUCGUCUGAUGCUCCUUUUCUUUGGUCUCCAUUUCUUUUUCCUCUCUCUUUCUUUCCCUUGCAAUUUCUUAUUUUUUCUCACCAUCAUACCUGUGAGAUUAGCAUUUAUAUUUGUCCUGUGCAUCAGUAUUUUAAAAUGUAUAUAAGAAUAUAAAUGUUUAUAACAAUCAUGUCUUUAACCCUGUCAUGAUGGGGCCAGCAUUGUCUGUGAUGUAAUCAUUACACAUCAAAUAAAAUUUUCUGGCUGGGUUUGUGCUGAUAGCAGCUGGCCCGUCUGCUAGCUCUGUAGAGCAAAGCACAAUGCCAUAUGACGUAAUACCUAAUAUGUCAUGACAGCCAUAAUUAUCACUGAUGGAUUAAGAUAUUAAAGUAUCAAAUGAUAUAACUACCAGUGUGUUUGCAUGAGAUUCUAUAUCUUUUUCAUUACAAUUAAUUUGCAUCCCUAUUGUAUGGAUUAGAUUCAUCAUACUCAUGUAAUGAUUUGAUAUUUAUUUGCUCUAAACCACUGAUAUGUGAAAUAAAUAUUACAGAGAUAAAUAUUUGCAAUGUCUUUAAAUUGAAUUGCAUUAAUUGAAUUGGAUGGAUUAUACCACUUAGUUUUAUAUUAUUUUUUAUGUCUAUUUUUUUACUGGUUCAUCUAUUUGAUUUUUAUGGUAUGGAACUAGUGCCAUGUUUCUGCAUAUCAGUGAUUUAUCUCUUCUUAUCUCUCUUCACACCUCUACUUCUUUCCCCUUUUAUUAGACUACCCUUCAAAAAUCUAUUGAUAAAAGUACUUAACAUUCCUAUUUAUAGUUCAUCACAUUCCAUAUUAGUUUGUAUAUUCAUUAUUGGUAACACCUAAUUCUAACAGUCAUUCUGUUUCGUACUUUUCCUAUGUUCUACUGCCAGGAUGCAGACAUAUCACUUUUCAGCAUAAUGUAUACAUGUAGUUAUUAGAUCAAUAAUUGAAGUGAAUCCUACCAGAAGGUAACUAUUGAAACAGGAUUUGAAUGUCAGUGUAAUAUUAUGGCAAAACAGAGAAAUGAUCUUUAUUGAGAGCAAAAAUUGUGGUAGAUAUUGUAUGGGAUGAUACGUUAGAUAUGUGCCUUACAAUCAAACUGUAGGCACUAUUAUGACACAACUUUAAAGAUACUUUUGGGAGCUAGUGUAUAGUAUUCAGAUUUCCUCAGAGUGCUAAAUGUGCCUGAUUAUAAUUUUGAUAUUUUACACCACGUGCAAGCAUGUACUCUGCUAAAACAUGUCAUCCAUGUUAUAAUAUCACUGCAAUUUUACUCAAUCAUUAUUGAGCUUCUUCCCUCCAGCCUGUAAAGGGCAACCAUUUAAACUUUUGUGAAUCUCCCAAAUAUUUUUAAAUAACUGGGUCGAGGUCUGUUGAUAUAUAUAUUUGACAGUGAUAUAUUCAUGAUAAAUGGCAUAUAUGGAAGUAUAUUAGUAGAUCUGUUUCUCUUAUAAAAAAAGACCUUGCGCAAGAUGCAUUUAUAUGAUAUAUGAAUAACAUUGCUUGUGAUAAAUGGUUGAAAUACUUAAGCGUUUGGUCUCUAUUAAAGUCACAAGAACUUUCAUUGAAAUUUUAUUCGAGUUUGUUAGUCGAGUACAAUUAACCAAAAGUAAUCAGACGUGAUGUUCCUUUAUCAGGUAAGAUAGUAGGAAAAUGUCCAACCGUCAUUGGUGUAGGGUAAAGGUGCAACUUUUCUAUGUAGCUAUGUCUUUCCAAAGCAUUUUAUGGCUGAAACAAGAUUUUACUGCAGUAUAUUUUUUGACACAUAUAGGAUGUACAAAAGCAUGAAUACUAAAUAGUUUAAUCCUGUUUAUGUGGAUUAUUCAUUAUAUCGUAUAUGUAUUGAAUGGGCCAAGUGGUUAUUGUUAUAUUCAUAAAUAAAAUGUUUUCUGAUGAUGUGA